ACCAAGAUGUCUGCGCCCUGUAGAAAAAAGAAAUCCUACUAACGAAUUCAGACACAAUACACCAAGAAGUGCAAAUAUCGGCAUAGGAGAGUAAGAAUGCCAGAAGAAACUUCUUUUCGUCUUAUGGAUGAGAAGCAUGUAUCUGUGGAGGUGGAGUUCAUGUUGUGGUCCCCAAAGUUUGACCUAAUUGCACUGGCCAAUGUACAAGGGGAGGUGGUACUUCACAGACUGUCGUGGCAGAAAGUCUGGUCUGUCCCUCCCCCAUCAGAAGACGUCAAGGUUAAAUCUCUAGCUUGGAGACCAGAUGGGAAAGUGGUAGCCGCUGGUUAUACCGAUGGAAAAAUCAAUUUGUACCAUAUAGAAAAUGCAGACAUCCUCCAUUCCAUCAGCAUGGAAGAGGAGAUAACUUGUAUGGAGUGGGUCUGUCAGUUCUCACCCGAUGGCACUGUAUGGAAACCCGAUCCUUACAAAGAAGACAAUUUCAAAGAAUAUCUCCCCAAGUUACAACCUCUCAAUAAAAGCUAUGGCACUCUUUCUAAAGUUUUGCCCACUGAAGAAUCUGUAGAGGAUAGCAAACAACUGAGUGAACAAAAAGAGUUGAAUGUUUUGAUCGUUGGCUCUGGCAGUAACACCGUUAGUUUGUAUGCCUAUGGUGUCUGUCCUGUCAGUAGAUUGUCAGUACCAGCUGUCAGUAAUGUCCAGAUAAAGAGAAUCCAUGCUGCCACUAUUAGCCAGGAUCUCCAGAGUUUGUCAGUGGUACUAGAACUCCAGAACAAACAACAACACAGAAGUUUCUACCUAAUGACUUUUGACACAAAGUUAAUUGCUUCAAGACAUAAAGAAAUGAGGAUCAUGGCUCUGAAGUUUGGACAAGUGUUGACACUAACUGAGUACUUACAGUCCACAGUUCAGCAGAUGUCUGAGGCAUGGGAAGACAUCUUAAUGGAAAUGGAUUCCAAGCUUCUCAAGUUUGCUGAGGACAAAAAGGCUGUGGGUACAGGAACUGUCAGUAAUGAUUUUCUGGAACUUCUCUUGUUUGGGACCCCAAGCCCAGAAUUACAGACUUUUCUUUUGAAUGACCUAACUGGUAAGGGUUUGCAGAAAUUGGGUCACUCCAUUGAAACCUCCUACUCCAACAUUCAGAAACUAGUGGUCAAACAUCUACAGGUUGUAAGUCAGGCCAUCCUUUACCACCUAGCUGAGUUGAAGGGGAUGUCAUUGUGGUAUGAGAAGUUUGGGGUGUUAGGUCUAACUACACAGACAAUACAGAAUGCCAUCAUGUCAGUUGGUUCUUUUGUCCUCAAGUCCAGUGAACUUCAACAGGUUAUUGAUGACAGUAUAAAGAAUUUUAAAGCAUUUUUCAGAUGGCUGUAUGUAGUCAUACAGAGAAUGUCAAAUGAAAAACCCUCAGCAGAUCUUAUUAAGAUGACACAGCAUGAUAUAAAUUUUGUAGCAGAAUUCCUGAGAGACAACUUUAACCAAUUUACCUUGGAUGAUGAGGAUUCCAUAUCAGAGUUGAUGGUUGACCGAGACAAAAAGCCGAGGUUUAAACUGGAGAAAGUGGGGCAGUAUCUAAAGAAGGAGGAUCUCCACUACCCUGCCAACAUCUCCAGCAACCCCUGGGUCCAGUUCCAGAGGGGCUGCUUCCUCCUGAAAGACAAUGAAGUGCUGUACCCAGUACAGAACACCAAGUCCCUGGUCCAGUUACAGGAGAGUUUAGACAGCUCCAUCAACGCUGCCCUCUGUCAACCUUCAUCAGUCAUUGGUCAAGCCAUGAGAUGCCUUUCCUGUGUGAAGUUGUUUGACUGUGACUCCAAAACUGCUGAUUUUCCUGUUAAAGUUUUUCAAUUUACAAAUAAUGAGAAAAAGAGAAUGUACAGUGUGUACACACGUGAUGUCUUACUGUGUGAGGAAUGUGUUCUACUCAGAAGGUCUUCAUCUUCCAGCAAGGAAAGCUUUAUGGAGGCAGUUUCUAUCAGAAUUGGUGCUUUAAGUCAAAGAGAACAUAAUACCAGCAGCUCAUCAGAAGAAGAGGAAAGAUGUACACGCCAUAAAAUCUUAGACAUCGCUUUUUAUGACGAGAAAACUAUGUCCAUGCUAUUGGUACAGGACCUUAAAGAGGAACGUCCAGUCCUGGUACAGUUACCACUGACAACGAUAGCAGACGACAUGUACACGAUGGUUAAUCAAGAGACAGGAGUGGAAGAAGCCAAAAUUAACACGUUGGAUGUUGGCGACAGGCUGGAACCCUCUUGCUGUCGGCGUUUAGACAAUAUGAGAGCUCACUCUUUUGCAGUUAGUGGUACCAGAAAAACGGCCACAGUAUUGUUUUCGUCACGAAGACGAGUGAGGAUUUUCCUGAUGGACGCAGAGGAAGAGGACGACGACGAGGAGGAGGCGGAAGAGGAAGGAGACGAUACUGGGGAUCAAUCAGGGGAACUCAACUCCAGCGAGGUCCACGACGGGGAAAUGCAGAUUGACGAAGCUGGGGACAUAGAGGAUGAAAACAAGGAAAAUACCAGCAUUAUCAGCACUACAGAAUAAGGACUAAAACUGAAUCCAGAACUGAAAUAGUAGUGAUCCGUUGCGCUGAAUUUUAUAAAUGGACAGUUUGUACACAGUUUUUAAAUCAACUCCUGAACAACGUUGAUUUAAUAAAAUUAGACUGCAUUUCCCCCUUGAUAAGUACAUAGG